AGCCCCGCAGCCAAUCAGGCCGCUCUCGUAGGCAAGCCAACGCGAGGCUGACCAGCCGCCGCCAGCAGCAGCGCUGAGUCUUAGCGCGUCGUGUGUGCGCCUCGCUUUCUUCCUUCCUUCCCUUAUUGCUUAGCUUCACGCGAACAAUACAGCGUUUUCUUUAAACAUGGCGAAAGGCGACCCCAAGAAGCCGAAAGGAAAAAUGUCCGCUUAUGCGUUCUUCGUGCAGACAUGCCGCGAAGAACAUAAAAAGAAAAACCCAGAAGUUCCUGUGAAUUUCGCCGAGUUUUCCAAGAAAUGUUCCGAGAGGUGGAAGACCAUGUCAACCAAAGAGAAAGGGAAGUUUGAUGAGAUGGCGAAAGCCGACAAAGUACGAUAUGAUAGAGAAAUGAAGGAUUACGGUCCAGCGAAGGGAGGGAAGAAGAAGAAGGACCCAAAUGCGCCCAAGAGGCCGCCGUCUGGAUUUUUCCUCUUCUGCUCGGAGUUCCGUCCCAAAAUCAAGUCCACCAAUCCAGGCAUUUCCAUCGGAGACGUAGCCAAGAAGCUGGGCGAAAUGUGGAACAACCUCAGCGACAGCGAGAAGCAGCCCUACAACAACAAAGCCGGCAAGCUGAAGGAGAAGUAUGAGAAGGAUGUUGCAGAUUACAAGUCUAAAGGCAAAUUCGACGGCGCGAAAAGCGCAGCGGCCAAAACCGCCGCAGCAGCCCGGAAAAAAGUAGAGGAGGAAGAAGACGAAGAGGAUGAGGAAGAGGAGGAAGAGGAGGAGGAGGAAGAUGACGAAUGAGAAACUGUGUAUAAUCCUUGUUUCCAUGUGAAUACCAUAGAGUAGGGGAAACACCAUUCGGAAAAAGAGAAAAAAACGCAAAAAACAAAACCCAGCGCCUCUCCCUUGAGAUGGUGCCUUAUUUGUCCUUUAUUAAGAUUUACCACCCAAAAAUUUGGUUAUUUUUGAUCACAAUAUACUGUAGCCUUUUUUGGAAGUCCAUAAAUAAAAAAAGCGCUCUAGGGAAAAAUGCAGAAACAAAACGGAAACAACCACAACAACAACAACCAUUGUUUAACCUGGUUUACAUUCAGUAGCUAGGGACCCUCCUCCGGGGGGGUCCCGCCUGUGUAACAAAGUUGUACAUAUUUCCAAACAUUUUUAAAAACAAAAAGGAAAGAGAAAGACAAAAAAACAAAUGGAAACAAAAACGGAAACUCUCGUGUUCUCCUUAACUCUGUGCACUUUUUUCCUGUCGGUGUAACAAAGCAUUUAAAAAUGUUUCAAGCAUCUUAUUUUUUAAUUUGUAAGGUGGUGUUUAACUAUAUGGUUAUUGGCUAGAAAAAUCCUGGGUUAUAAACUGUACAUAUCUAUAGUUUGUAAAAACUAGACAAAUUCUUGUAGUUCAUGCUUUGAUGACCCCUGAGAAAAGGGGGGGAAGGCUUUUAAGGGGGGGGGUUGGUGGGGGGGGGAAAAGCCUCUUUUGUGUGUUUUUUUCCCCGUUCCCCUCGGGAAAGGCCGUGUCUCAAAGCGUGCACCACGAAAGUAGAUCUAAUUUACACUACAGUGAGCGUACAUUUAGCUUAAAAGUUGUCUUUUCUGUAUAUAGUGAAAUAGCAUUUCUGCGGCCAUUCUUAGUUGUGGAAGGAAAGGGGGAGGGGAGCGGGAAUUCAACCGGCAUGAGAUAAAAACAAAAAAAUUGUUAUGGAUUCCUUUCUUUUUUUCUUUUCUUUUUUUUUUUUCUUUUCGUUUUAAAGCGGGGUAGUUUUUUGUUGUUGUUUUUUCCAACCAGAGCUUGUUUAAAAAGUCUCCUUCCCGCGGUCCGCUUUUAAAAGUGAGGGGGAAGGCGCAGAAGAAGUUCAAAAACGCCUCUGUACUUUAAAAAAAAAGAGAGAGAGAGA